AUGCUUUACAAUGCAUGGUUGGAAGUUGAGAUUGAGCCUACAAGAGUGGCUAGUCCAUAUCAUCCUCAAACUAGUGGACAAGUUGAGGUUUCCAACAGGCAGAUUAAGGAGAUCUUAGAGAAAACAGUGGGUGUUACAAGGAAAGAUUGGGCUAUGAAGCUUGAUGAUGCACUUUGGGCAUAUAGAACUGCUUAUAAAACACCACUUGGCACUACUCCUUUCCAUCUGCUUUAUGGGAAAGCCUGUCAUCUACCAGUGGAGUUAGAGCACAAAGCAGCCUGGGCAGUUAAGUUGAUGAAUUUUGAUGCCAAGACAGCUUCAGAGAGAAGGUUAGUGCAGUUGAAUGAGUUAGAUGAGCUGAGAUUUCAUGCAUUUGAGAAUUCUAAGCUAUACAAGGAAAGGACCAAGGCUUAUCAUGAUAAGAAGAUCAUCUCCAGACACUUUGAGCCAAAUGACCAGGUACUCCUUUACAAUUCCCGCUUGAAGCUGUUUCCUGGAAAGCUGCGUUCCCGCUGGUCUGGUCCUUUUACUGUUCAAGAAGUCAGACCAUAUGGAGCUAUUGUGCUGUUGAACUCCAAAGGAGAAAGAUUCACUGUUAAUGGCCAAAGGGUGAAACACUAUUGGGCAAAAGCUGAGAUACCAGACGGACACAUUGUGCGUUUGGAUGAUGCACCCUCUGCCUAA